AUGCCACCCCCGCUCCCCUCGUCCCUUCCGCCAGACCUAGUAACCGUCGUCAGCUCCCUCACCCUCUUCUAUGCCCUCGACCUCUUUCACCGCCACUACAUAUCUCCCCUUUUCCCCUCCUACGUCUCCUUCCCUCCCGCCGCUCGCUUCGACUGGGACCGCCGUUCGCUCAACCUCUUCUUCCAGCUCGUCCAAACUCCCUUCAACCUCUACCUGCUUCUGCUCGACCCGCACACUCAGGCCGACCCCCUCUACGGCUACUCUCCGCUGGCCCACCUCGGCUUUCUGAUUAUCGUCGCAUUUUACCUGUACGACGCGGCGGGGAUCGUCAUGCAUCCCACCCCGCCCUCCAGCUCUCCCUUAUGGCUCUUCCACCACUCUGUUGCUGUUGCCCUCCUCGUUUACGAUAUCUCAUACCGCCGCUGCUCCGCCCUUCCGGCCGCUGCCUUUCUCAUCUCCGCUGCGGGACACGUCUCCAACGAGGCUCGCUGGCUUUGCACCGUCACUGACGUUCGUGAUCAACGCCUCCUCAAGCCUUUACAUCUUUUUUGCGUCCUUGUUCCACUUGUCACAUGUGGACUUCCCCCGCCGUGGUUGCUGUACAAAUGCGCAAGGCAGCUGCGAGUGUCGGUUGUCCAACUUGUGGCGCAACAAAUGCGUCCAUAUUGCCUCUUUUUCUUCAUCAUCAUUUAUGUGCCCCACCUCGGCCUGAUCGCAUACCAGGCUCGCAGGGCGUAUAGAUUGUGGGGGGCCGCACCAAAGCCAUUUCGAAUCAAAAAGCUCGAUUGA